AUGGCUUCCGUAAUUGAGAAUAUCAAUGUGAACAAUUCCGAGGAUGAUUCAGAUGCACCAGUUGAAGUUACAACAAAAACAUCGAAAACAAAAACAAGAAAGAAAAAAACUGUAAAGCGUCGAGUUAAAUAUACACUUGCAACAGAAGAAGAUAAUGAAUUAAAUGAAAAACAUGUCGAUGAAGAAUCUGCUCUUACACAUUUAGUUUUUGGAGAUGAUGAUGAUUAUCUUGAAGAAUUAACAUCAGCAGCUGGAAAAGAUAAACCGAUCAAAACAAAAAAACCAACAACUGACUCGAAAAGAGCAGCUUGGGUUGAUAGUGAAGAAGUAACGGAAGAAAUUGUUCGUGAACCAAAUUUCAACCAGAUGGUUCCACGAAAACGUCGAAAAAUUACAACAGGAGAAUAUGAAACAAAACUUAAAUUCGAAUAUGAACGUGUUAUGGGUCGACCAUCAUGGGCUGAAAAAUUAUUAAAUAAAAAUCCUGAUGCUGAUGAUAGUGAUGAAGAAUUAUUUCGUCGUACGGGUAAUUAUUUAACUAAAUCAACUGUAUUAAGAGCUGGAACAAUUGAUUGUUUACGUUGUGCUGAUUUUAAACAUGAUGUUGCUCAUUCUAAAAUGUUAAGAUCAGUAGAAUUUCAUCCAACUGCACGAAUACUUCUUACAGCUGGACGUAGUCAAUAUUUAAAUUUAUUUCAAGUUGAUGGAAAGAAAAAUGAACGUAUUCAAUCACUUUUCUUUGAUAAAUUUUCUAUUGAUACAACUCGAUUUACUAAAGAUGGCAAUCAAGUUAUAGUUACCGGUGAUAGAAAUUUUUUCAAAGUAUUUGAUAUGAUCGAAGGAAAAAUCAUGCAAAUACCAAUGAUGAGAGGAUUUGAAGAACGUUUGGGAAAAUUUGAAGUAAGUCCUGAUGGAUCUUUAAUCGUAUUUAUGAAUCGAAAUGGUCAAUUACAUUUUGUAUCUGCAAAAUCAAAAGAAUUAAUUGACACUACUCAAAUUUCUGGAAAUAUUAACAGUAUUACAUUUCGACAUGAUAGUGAAUUAAUGUUUGCUUCCGGAGAUGAAGGCAUUGUUACAGUAUUUGAUGUUCGUCGACGAGCAGCUAUACAUCGUUUUAUUGAUGAUGGUAGUUAUUCAACAACAAGUAUGUGUGUUUCAUCCAAUCAACAAUAUUUUGUUACAGGUCAAAAAAGUGGUAUUGUGAAUGUUUAUUCUUAUGAUGAUGUUAUGAAAAAUGGUGAACCAAAACCAAUAAAAUAUUUAAAAAAUUUAACAACAUCAAUACAAAAUGUUAAGCUAAAUGCAAGUUCAGAAUUAUUAGCAAUUAAUUCAUACCAUCUUUCAAGAGCAGUUCGAUUAGUUCAUAUGCCAACAUUAACUGUUUAUGAAAAUUUUCCCGAAUUUCAUGAUAAAAAAAUUCAAAUUGUCAAUGGACUAGAUUUUUCACCGAACAGUGGUUUUCUAACUUUAGGCAACAAUAAUGGCAAAGUGCUUUUAUAUCGUCUUAAGCAUUUUAGUACUUAUUAA